GCAGUCGUUCAAGAUAGGUCAAACCAGCAGCAUGUCCAUGAACGAAGGUAUCGCAGUCGUUACGAAGUUGGUGCCAACCAGCGUUCGUCGUGCACCGGAACCGGCCACUGUGCUAACGCGCGAAGAUUUUAACGCUGGUCCAAUAAGUUUGGAUGAGAUCGAACCGGGCCUGUGGUUGGGUAAUGCAUCCGCAGCAGCUGACAUUGGGACGCUGGAGAGGCACACCAUCCGGAGCAUCCUGUCGAUCGAUUCCGUUCCACUGCCGGUGCAUAUAACCGACCAUCCGAAUCUUCGCGUGCGCCACAUACAAGCAGCGGACGUACCACGCGAGGAUCUGAUACGACAUUUCGAGGACAGCAAUCGCUUCAUUGCGGACAGUUUGGCCGAGGGCCGUCACGUGCUAGUGCACUGCUACUUCGGCGUGAGCCGCAGCGCUACGAUUGUGAUUGCGUACAUCAUGCAAAAAUAUCGUCUCGGGUACGAGGCCGCAUUCCAGCGCGUGAAAGCUAAACGGUUGUUCGUAAUGCCCAACCCAGGAUUUGUGAAUCAGCUCAAGCUGUACGGUCGGAUGGCGUACCGGAUCGAUCGUACCAACGAACGGUACAAGCUGUUCCGGCUCCGUUUGGCCGGUGAUAACGUGCGGAAAGCGAAACGUUUGCCAACGGAAUGUAUGGACGUGGUGAAGACAGAUCCGGGCGUAACACAGGAAUCACCCGAACCGUACGUGUAUAGGUGUCGCAAGUGUCGCCGUGUGGUUGCUUCUCGAAGUAACUUACUGCUGCAUAAACCAAAAUCGGCCACGAUAGUCCAUCAAUCUCCAGCAAAGAUUGGCCGCGAACCGGAAGCCACACUCGAGGAGGAAGGAACGGGCGAUGAGGCCGAAUGUGACCGAUCGCCAUCAUCACAGGUUACUAAGGAUGGUGAAAAUGUGCCCGAGCACGUUCACACAAAUGCCAUGGCAACGGGAUCAUCGGCCAGCGGUGGGGGAAUGAACGAGCUGGCGGAAAAGGUGCGUCGCAGUUCGAUUAGCAGCGAGCAUAGCAACCGGUCGUCCGAGAAGGACACGCCGAUGUGCAAUAAAAUAUUCUUCAUCGAGCCGCUUGCCUGGAUGACGGACAUUUAUCGCAACACGCAGGGCCGACUGUACUGUCCGAAGUGUACCGUGAAGCUGGGCAGCUUUAACUGGGUGAUGGCCACAAAGUGUCCGUGCGGUGCGGAAAUCUAUCCAGCAUUUUAUCUCGUCCCUUCGAAGACGGAAUAUUCGACCGUGGUUCAAAACGUGCAAGUUACGGUGUAA